UUUUUUCAGAAUUCCCAAAAGUAUUAAUGUCAACUACUGCCUCACCACAAAAGAAACGAAGGUUAUCAAAUCCUUCGAUAGAAGAUCGCAAAGUUGUUAUAAAUGAACCAACAAAAAAAACCAAACAGGACAACUUAAAUAACGGAGGAGUUUCAAUUAGCAACAACGCAGUUACUACCAAUACAGAAACAACAGAGACACCUUCAGUUUUAUCAAAUUUACCAACCAGUAGUAACACUCGUGCUAAUGUUAACACUUCAGUUAAUAACUCACCAAAACCUGUAGGGCAGAAUAAUAAUAGCAAUAUGUCAGUUAGUACUUCAGGGAUUAACAAUAAUAAUAAAGAAAAAGAAAAAGAAUCAAUAUCUGCUUCUACAACAAGUCCAACAUCCCCUGUUAAAGGAAAAGGCAGUAUGAACCAACAAAUACAUCAGAGAACUUCUUCGACUUCUUCAACACAUACACAACAACUUAAUGUGCCCUUAUCUCAAUUACCUCCACAUGAAUUGUUAAUUCGCUGUACAAAGAAAGAAGAAGAAAUUCAAACUUUGCUGGGAGAACUUCAAACUCUUUCUCAAACUCUUACUCCUGAAUUUUCAUAUGAUCUAUCACUCCGUAAAAAAUUUCUUGAUCCUGCUACUAAUAUUUUAUUUCGAACCAUGAAAAAAGAAUUGGAAGAUAAGGAUAAAUUUAUUGAAAGUUUACAAAGAGAAUUAGAGGGUGUUGGCUUUACUCCAAAUAGUAUUACGGGUAAAAAACUCGUUGCAAAAUUACUUGCAUUACAAAAUGAAAAUGAGGAGCUAGGAAGACAGCUUCGACAAGGUCGUGUCGAACAAUAUGAAAUAGAAAUAGCUUUACAAAGAAAAGUUAUUGACGAACUUAAACAAGGACUUGAGGAAUCGGAUAAUCAACUUAUAUCCUUAGAUGCAGAAAUGGAAAGAUUACAAAAUCUUUUAUUUCAAAUGAGAGCAAAAGUUAAAAGCUAUGAAGAAAAAUAUGGUCCUUUAGAACCCGAUAAUAAAGAUGAUGCAGCGGAAACUUCAACUAUUAAAGAGAAAAAAUUAGAAACGUAAAUGUUUCUAUAUCCAGAUCGGUGAAUUUCGAGUGAAUUAAACGAUUUAUUUAUACAAUGCCUGUCAUAAGAUAAUCUGCUACUAUAAAUAAAAUUAUAAUCAUCAUGUGAUCAUCCGAACUCUAUACUGUAGUAUAUUUUUUUGCAAAAAA